GUUCGCGUCGCGGCGCCUCGCGUCAGCGUCGCUGGGACCGUCGACGGAGGCCAACAGUGGUGGCCAACGCAUCGCGCGAGCCGCGUACAUCCGCCAUAUUGGCCGCGAGAGCACGGCUCCUCCGCGAACAUUUCACUCGACGGAUCAGGGGGUUAGGAAACGAGGGCGUAGUGUCGCGUUAACCCCUCGCGAGGCGGGCAAAGGGGGUGGCAGGCAGGAGGUCGACAUCGUUCCAAGACUAGCCGAGUUCGCCUCGAAUCUGUUUUCUAAACAGCAAAGUGACAGAGGGUGACAGAAGGAACUAGGACAAGAGAGAGAGGACAGAGAAAAGAGGCUCCAAGUGUACGACAGUGAUUCGAAAGGUGUCCAGUGGAAGAGAGACGAAUCUUGAUCUACGCUCUGAAAAAGACAUUAUCCGUUGGCAAAAAGAAGAUGUAACAGAUCCAGUGCAUCGUUAACGAUCUAUCGUACGAUCCUCCGAGCAGCCGGAAGAUUCUCGAGAUCGGUCCACGCUCUUCCACUCUAAAAAGAUAAGGAGAUCGAAUAGAUCAGGGUAUCGUGGCAUCUUGCUCUUUCAGAAAACUUUCCUGGCAGGAAUCGUCGAGGUGUCGAGUAACCGGAUUCGAGAAAGGUUCCUUCAGGAGUGUCCAUUGGUGGUUUCCGUUAAUUUUUCGGUGAGCCUCGAGCAGCUCGGUGUCCAAGCGUGACUCGUCUCUCCCUCUGGUCUCUGCCAAUCAAUAACCCAACAACGCACCGCCUCGCUCGCGCUCAACUCUCUGCCUCCCUGUGCCCCUCUCUCUCUGCUCUCGAUCCGCCGCCGACGGAUCGUCCAGAUGCGUUGAGAGGUCGCGGAACGCGAUGCUCACCCGUUUCCCUUUUCCGUCCGACUCGCAGCGCUCCUCUUUCCCCUGUUCCGGUCUGCUCGGUUCCGUGAUUCCGUUUCGAUCGUCCUGCCAAGGUCCGACAAACGAAGGAAUCGACUCGGCUAAGGGAAAGAGGUUCCAGGAACGCUAACCUGUCGCGAAACACGCUCUCUAGGACCCUAACUUCGUUGAAUGCUGUCGUACUCCGAGUAUUCGAGCUGCCUUGCAGAGGCGGUAAGAGGUGGAAGAGUUCCCCUCGUCAGGCCGACUGGCGGGAGGUUUGCCAAGUCGAUUCUUUCAUUUGCCGUACCUUAGGAAUCCCUUCUCCCGCCGCGGAUCAGCGACGGUAGCAACGUCGCGACGUCCGCGCCGACGGCGAGCCAGAGGCGGCGGUAGCGGCGCUCCAACAGGCCGCGCCAGCGCCCUGCGGCGGUUUCAAUCGCACACGAACCUAUUUAUACGACGUCGAGCAUCGCCGAGGACGACGCAGCGAGAGCAGCGCCGGUGGUGGGCCGCCCACGCCGAGCAACAAGCCCCGAGGGAAGCGAGCGUCGUCGACGGGGGAAUCAGAAGAGACACCCCGCGCGACAGAUUCGCUGGCCCUGGUCGAUGGACACCAGGAGCCAGACGUCCCGAUGGGACCCAUUUCGGGAUGCGCCCACCCGUAGGGGACGCCAUUAAGAGGCUAGUCGUCUCGUCGUCUCGUCCUCCGAGCCGGGUGCUGAUCGAACCUCGCGUAUUUGCUUCUCGUUCGAUUCGAGAGGAUUCGCGCGCGGACCGAGACUCUCGCGGCUCUCGAGUAGGUGGAUGGGGGUCCGCUGGGUGUUGCCGAACGCGAUUUGGUGAAUCGUGAAAGGCCAUCGGCGCGAAAGCUCGCGGAGCUCGCGAAGCUCGCGGAGCUUUCAGGCCUGGACGAACCGGGAGGCGGGAAAUGGUUGGCGGCGUAUGAUGCGCGAGACGGAUCGUCUGGCUGGACCUCGACGCGCCGAUUCGAGCUGCUCGACCAACGAGACAAACACCAAGACGAAGACGUGGAAGUCCUCGUAGCCUGGGUAUCAACGCGAGUGGGUGCGCGGUGCGCGUAUGUGUCCGUCCGUGAGUGCGCCAAGAGUUCGAGUACCGAGGUGCUGGAAGCAUGCAGCCACGUUUGGGCGAGGCCCGCAGAGGCCUUAGUCCCGUUGAAGGAGCGGGAUAAGGAGUUACCGGAAGGGAGGAUCCACGGGGUGGACACUGCUCGCGGGUGACCAGGCGGUCCCGCGAUUCGCGGACCCGUUCGCGAGAGCUGAGAUCGCAGGGAACGCGGGAAGCGAGCUGGACUCGCUUUCAGGCGCAUGGAACAUGAUAGAGAUGUCGAGCGGAAUCGGUGCAACUGCAAUGGGGAUCGGCGUUAGUCACGGGGCAGGCGGCGGCGAGGGUGUGGCCGGUGGUUGCCGGUUACGCGCUCAAAGCCAAGGUCAGGCCUCCGGGUCCUCGUCGCAGCACAGCAAUCCGCAACAGACCGCGCAGCAGCAGCAACAGCAGCAACAACAGCUGCAACAGCAGCAGCAGCAGCAGCAACAACAGCAGCAGCAACCCCCGUCGUCGCAGCAGCAGCCGCAGCAACAGCAACGCCAGGGCUCCGGGAUCAUGGGCCGCUCGAAGAAGGACAACUGUUGCCUGUGCUGGUGUUGGUGCUGCAGUUGCUCUUUGGCGGCGGUGGGCGGCAACUCGACGGGUGCAGGUGGCGCGGGUGACCAGGGAAAGAAGAAGGGCAACGCGAGCGUCAGCGGGGAUCACGGGAGCGGCAUCGGAGUCGGCGGUGAUCUUGUCGGUGUGGGGAACGGUGCCGACGGAAACAUGGAAUGCACCUUGGAGGAGGUCAGGUCUUGGGGCUCGUCUUUCGACAAGCUGAUGAGGAGCCCCGCGGGCCGCGAACACUUCAGGGAGUUCCUCGUCAGCGAGUACAGCGAGGAGAACAUUGCAUUCUGGCUGGCGUGCGAGCAGCUGAAGCGCGACACUAAUCCGGAAAGGAUCGAAGAAAUGGCGCGCUUCAUCUACGACGAGUACAUAUCCAUACUCUCGUCGAAGGAAGUGAGCUUGGACUCGCGAGUACGCGAAAUAGUGAAUCGCAACAUGAUGCACCCAACCCCGCAUACCUUCGACGAGGCCCAGCUGCAGAUUUACACCCUGAUGCACCGCGACUCGUAUCCCCGUUUCGUGAACAGCGAUAUUUACCGACGGGUGGCUAGACUCGGCAGCGGACCCCCCAGUCCGACCAGCGACGAGCACGGUACGGGCAAAUCAAAGGGUAAGAAGGGAACGACGUAAUCGCACCGACGACGAAACGGGGUGGCAGCGGACCAACACACCCUCCGUCUGUUCAGCGGAAAAAGAAGCGAGGCCCGCGAUACGCUGUCAACGCUGGCCGAUGACGGGACCCAGAAGCCAUCGGCGACCGGAGAAUUCAGCCUCGGGUGUCGAAACGCCCGUGCCUCUCCCUUGACCAUCUACAACGGAUAAUCUCGCGAUGGGAUCUCUCGACGUUGAAGGAUCUCGUUGAAAUUUCUCGAAGCGGCUCGCUUUUCCGCGCGUCACCAUAUUGGGGCCACGUAACCGCGCUCGCCGUUAGGCAGCGCACGAACUCGACGACGACGGACCGAACAAACAAGAAAACGUCGCGAAUCGCUAGAGAAACUGAACGAAGAAACGUACAACAAAGAGAAAGAUGAAAGAAAAAGAAACCAAAGUAACGAUACGUAAGCGGUCCGAUCGCGUGGAUCGUUACCGACUCUUCCUUCCAGGACACUCUUCGGUACGCUCGUUUACGCGACACGGUGAACCGAGGAUAGGGUAUAAACGCGGAAAACGGUCGGGAAUGACGUUCAUCUUUCGAGCAAGUUCCUAAAAUGUUCAUCGUCCGAAGGUGUACCGCGACUGAUCGUCGCCAAUGAUCUCUCUCUCUCUUUCUCCUUGCUCGACACGAAAGCUGCGUCUGCUCUCUCCUGCUCGACACUUCUCUCUCAUUCUCUGUUACUGUUUUGCUUUCUAUCCCUCCGCUUCACGUCUUCCCCUCUACUCGCACUCUUUUACUAUACCCCUUUCAUCGCACGCGUUCGAGAAGAUCUCUUGCACGAAUUCGAUCGAGAAUUACACCGAACGAAAUUUUAAACGAUUCCCGAGUCCAUAGUCGAAUUACGUAUCGUUUGGUCGAUGUCGAGCAAUCCUUUUAUUCCUAAUGUACAGGGUGUCCGUGACUCUCAACCUCCUAGAAUAUUACAGGGUAUCCCCGAAACGGACCAUCUACUUAUCUUCUCUAGAUGUGACGUGGAACCUCUUCGAUCUCGAUUAUUUCACAAAUGUCAGGACCAAAACGUUCCGAAUAAAUGUAUGUAACGCGAAGAGAUUGCUCGAAUCGAUCGAGGAAUUUCGGUUGCACGUAUCGCUUCUUUCGAUCGAACGAAUUCUGUUUGCGACAAAAAAUAUUGUACGCGACGAGUCGAGGAAAGAAUUAAGGGCACUGCGUGGUUUGAGAAAAGCAAAUACCGUGAGAAUACUAUGACUGCGCGUCGACUACAACCAUCGCGAAACGUACCUCAUUAUUGCUACUUCGCAAACGAGACUCCUGCAAACGAAAAAACUCUUUGCCCGAUGUUUUCGUACCGAUAAAGUCGUACGUCAACCAAGAAAGUCGACCGAGUCAACUCGGUACUUUCGACAAUGGUACUUUCUUCGGGAAGAGAGUUUCAGUUUCACCUGGUCUUAUUUGUCACACCGUGGCGAGCAGGUACAGUGACUUAUGAGCCCGAAGAGGUAACUUGUUCGUUUGGUCACAAUUUCGAUUACAUGUAACGGGACCAUAAGAAGGGAGAAGCGAUUCAUUAGCGCACGAAGGGGUGUCUCGUUCGCCAAGUACUCCUCGUUGGAAUCGAGUUCGCGAGAAAGCGAGUCUUUCUCUUUCUAGAAAGAAUAGCGUGGUUCGAUUCUGGAACGGUGGCAUGACUUUAACGCCGCUCCGGCGAAAUAUAUUUCGCGACAUUGUCGGGCAAAAACGGACACCGAAUCUGAAUCUUGCUAUUGCUAUUUUUACUAUUGAUCAUUUUUCACCAAAGGGAACGAGCCACGUUUAUUUUCUUCCCUUAAGAAACACGCGAGUAUUUAAACGAGGAUUCGUGGUCCGUGCGAUCUCGAUGUAUAUACGAAAUUUAGUAUGCGACUGUUCCAAAGUCGAUCCGAGUUAUCAAGCAAAGAAGGAAUCGUCCCGAAUGCGUCAAGUAUCGUUGACAUUUAAACUUUCUCCCAUAUAAUUUUGAUCAUUCGCAAAAAAUGCAGGCCGCAAUCGCGACGCGUUCGAUGAACCAAGGAAACCGUCAUCCCUGAUGAUUCGGAUGGGCGAAAUUUUCAUCUAGACAUACAAAUAUUUCGCGUAACAAACAACGGAUAGAUUACCGUUUAAUUGAUAAUCGUUGAAUCGAAAUAAAAAUGUUAAUCGUAGAAUGAAACAUUUCAACGAAUAACGACUAAACGAACAGAAUUCUGCUCAUCUGUGGUCGAAGGCCGUACACGCCGAGUUACUGCCAGCGAGACACACCAAAGAAUCAAACGCGCCUCGAAUCCGACUACAUACUUCGACGACCAAGAAAACGAAGAUGCCGACGGAAACGGGCAAACACUCAUAGCGUGUUACGAUCUAGUCGGUACCGCUCCAAGACGGCAGCGUAGAUGAAAGGAAAAGGCCUAAGUUCGGGACACCCAAAUUCGAUCGGUCGCCAUUUUCUCCACAUCGUAUCCCGAGGAUAAAACCACAGUCACGUGACCAGGGCUUUCCUCGAACCGCACAAUUUUGAUAUUUACCAAACAAACGAACGAUGAAAGUUGACGGAUAAUCGAAUAUUAGAAAUUAUACUCGAUCCAACGAUGGCUGUUAAAUACAGGGUGUUUAAAAAAAUCAUUCAGGACUUGGAGAACCUAUAGUACUCACCGAACCGAGUAAAGAACUUUUAGUCAACGUAGAUAGAAAAAUGGAUUCUGAUCGAAUAAGCAGCAAUUUUGAAAGAAAGGGAAGACGAUAUUUCCAAGUUUCCUCCAACUACACGAUUAGCAUUUACCAAAGAGACGUCGAAUUCUUUCAUCAAGUAUCAACAAAUUAUCAACAAACCGUUGCAAUUGUUUAUUUCUGCGGCAGUAUUUUCUAUAUGGCUUGUAACCACGUUCUACGUUCCUCGAGCUUUUCAACGACUACACUUACACCGAAUAGGGCUUGAAAUUCGUCCCUGGCCACGUGACCACGCACAAAAUCGCUCGAAACUCGUCGAUCACCGACGCUUAGAAGCAAAGAUUCGAUCGAUUUCGCGUACAAAGAUGGGAAAAACUUUGAUCUGGAUAGAAAUGUCGAAUAACGAAAGAUGAAACACUUUCGAUUCGUUAUUUUGUUCGAGAAUACGUUUGCCCGCCUCUUUCUCGCGAGAUGGAUCGACGAAGCAAGCAGAAAUCGUCCCGCGAGCCGAUCGCACAAGCGGAAAACCAAAUCGCACAGUCAGUCACAGCGUUUGGAUACUGCCCUGUAGAUAAUAUUAUAGAUAGUUACACGACGACGAUGGCGGAUAAAAGCUAAUUAUACAUGCAAAUAUAUAAAUAUAUACAUAUAUAUAUAUAAAUAUAAAAGGAAGCAAGGAAAACAAAAGGUAUAUAUAUAUAUAUAUUAUAAGUAUAUAUGAAAAAAAAUCACGUACGUUCAGCAUAAGGGUGGCAGGGUGCGAAUUACGGACUCGAGAGAGACAGAAAGAAAGGGCGGGAGAGAGUGGGAAGGAGUGAGCGAAACGGUGAGAAAGAAGAGAGAUCGUACAAUUUUUCAUUCGUUGAUCCCACGUUCCAUGCGAGGAGACUUGGUUCGCGAUCGAAUUUCUCGCGGCGAACACGAGACAACGUCCCAUGCUUCCCGCACCCCUUUCGUCGCUUUUCACCCCAAUUCUAAAGGUCCGUUCGUUUCUUCUACGGUAGAACAAGUCUUGUUCGUUAUGUGCGACUAGUCGAAUAAUCUUGUCUUCUGACGAGAAAGGGGUUCACCGCUUCGACCGACUGAAUAUUUCAUUAAAUUCGAAAUAUUAUUUUCCUACGUUUCAUUUAUUCGUUCGAGAGAAUCAAAGAGUCACCGACACGAGUCGAAGCAGCUCGUCGUUGUACAGAAUAUCGAAAAUUAAUUCACGUCGAUUAGCCUCGAAGCUCGUUCGUUAACGUUCAACGAAAAUUAAUUUCGCAAUUACAGAAUUUAAUUGUCCAACGUCGACUCGUCGACACGGUUGCCCAGCGGACGAGGCUAACGAGUACGAAUUAUUUUUCAUUUUCGCCGAGCAUCGCGUUGACAAAAGUUCUUAGUAAACUCGUGGUGAUUCUUCGUCGAAGCACCCCUUGAAAACGGAGGAAAGGAACGAUAGGGUGUGGUGCAUGGUGCACACAGCGAUGGGCAGAGAAACGAAACGCUGGCGUAAGUGAAGGGUGAAAUUGGUCGAGCGUCAUCUUCACUAAUAAACGCACAAUUUUUCUGAAUCUCCGACAUCCUCUGCUUCUUUCUUCCAGGCAUCCCCCUUUUAUAAUCGUCGUUUUACCCAACGGCACACGCGUUUUUGUAUCUCCCGAACGACAAUAUUUGUACGACACACCGCGGACUCAACCCUUUACGCCGCGAGCGAUUUUUCGAACGCGGAAUUCGUUCGCCGAGUUUUGACGAACGCGUCGCCCAAAAACUCGGACCUCCUUCCCUGUUUUAAGUUCACGCUCUGCGGAAUGGGACGAUAUGCAAUAAGAGAAGGAUGGAAUGUGAGGGUUAAUAAAGUGGUGAAAACGA